CAUUCACUCUCAGAUUUGAGCUUUUUUUUUUUUUUUUUUUUUAACAAGAAGUUUGAGCUAUUUUGAGCCUUGUUCGAUGACAAAGCUGAACUGGACACCGACCACGGUCAUUCCGCUCGCCGAUCUGGACGACCUCGCGCGGCAACUGCAGCACGAACUCGAUGCCGCUGCAGACGACGACGGCGACCAGACCAGUAGCACCGAGAGCCCCGUCGCCGUGAUCUCUGCGCCUGCGAUCGCUGGUGCCUCUGCGCUGGCGUACACGAUCGACCAGCGUGCUGGUGCGGCGGACGACGAGCACGUCGCUGCCGCUGCUCACAUUGUCGCAUUGCUCGCUGCCAGUGAAAGCAAUCGCGGAGCUUUGCGAGAGGCUGGUCUUGUCGCUCCGCUUGCCAAAGCACUGCAGCCAGUCUCGGUCGCGAGUCUCAACGCCAAAGCACCCCGUCAGAUCAUGCGUGCGCUGGCCAACAUGAGUUUUGAUAAUGAUGAGACUCGAGCCCAGAUCAUCGCUGCAGGUGCCGUUGCGUCUCAAGUCGCCCUUCUUGUCGAGGCGGUGGCUGCUUUGCGUUCUUCACCCGGAUCGGUGCGCGAGGGAACUGUGUUGCUGCGCAUCUGCGCGGGCUUUGUCUUGAACGUUUCUGCAGACAAUGCGGACAGCCAGAAGGCGUUUGUGGAGGCUGGCGCAGUGGCACCCCUUGUGACUGUCGUUGAAAAGUUUGUCGACACUGCACCGGAUGCCGUCACGAUGAGCUUGCGUGCCCUCGCUUCGUUGGCUGAAGUUGAGCAAGGCAAAGCUGCGCUUCUGGGUGCGAGUAUUGUCCCUGUGCUGGUCGACGCUCUGUCUCGCACUUCGGAUGAGGGCGUGCAAGAGCUAUCGGUCGCCGCUCUCGAGCUGCUUGUCGAAGACGAAUCUGGACGCGUCCAGUUUGCGGGCCCGCUCUUGCUCCACAAAUUGAUUGUGUUUGUCAAUUCCGGUGGUAAUGGCUUGGCUACAUCGGAAGUGAUUGGUUCUGUGGCCAAGGUGGUUUCGACAGCUCUCACCGAAGACGAAUGCAUGCUUCCCAUGUUCCAACCGUCCACCGAUGGCAAUCCCUUGAGCGAGUUCUUGCGAUGGAUGGAGCACUCCGAGGCUACUGUUCGCAUGGCUGGCGCCUUGUCGGUUGGCAAUCUCGCUCGUCGCGACGACCACUGCAUGCAACUGUUCGCCGCCGGCAUUGUUGCUCCUCUGAGCAAGUUGUUCCCUGCGACCGACGCACGCGAGCAGCACGCGGCGCUUGGCGCCAUCAAGAACCUGUCCAUGCCAGCCGACAACAAGGAGAAAAUGCUGACUUCCCAGUUGCUCGACGACUUCAAUCCGUUGCUCCACUCGCCGCACACUGCCAUCCAAUACUUGGCCGUCUCCACUCUGCGGAGCUUGUGCAACAAUUGCGGCGCCAACGUUCCAAAGCUCCUUGCUCGAGACGAAAUUCUGCUGCGAUGCAUCGAGUUGCUCAAGUCAGAGCAUGUCGGCACACAGUGCGAGAGCGGGCGAUUGUUCUGCAACCUUAUUCGCUACGUGGAUGUUGGCGAAACGAUCGACGCGGUGAUUGCCAUCCCCGGCGCUCUGGAUGCCGUGUCGUCCCUAUUUGCGUCCGAACACGUCAUGCUGCACGGCGAAGCCAUCUUUGCGCUUUCUGUCCUUGUCAAAGUUCGACCUGGUACUGUCGACAAGCUGCUCCACCUCGAGUCAAAGCUGUUGAAAAUCGCCCAAUCUUCCACAACUGCCAACGCGUCUCCUGUCGUGUCCGCGAAUGCGCUGACCUUGCUGCUUCACCUCUUCACGGCAGCUCCCACCCAGCAAUUGUCAACCGAAACAACGGAGGGCAUCCAAGAUCUGGCGCAGGACGAAACUGUGGAUCCGAUUCUCCGAGCCAAAGCCAAAGAGGUUGCGGACGCUUUGGCCAGCCUUCAUCCGUGAGCGAUUCUCGCGCUCCUUCCGCCAGCGUGUCUGUUGUACACUUUUUCUCUUGUACUACAUUGAAUCGAAAAACAUUUUAAUUUCCAAAAACCAAAAACAACAACAAC